CAGGAUGCCUUUGCUGGACACCAGCAAGUACUCGCAGGGCUCGGUCCUCGGCAAGGUAAACCCUGACCUGGCCAGCGAGAGGAGAACGGCCUCCUUCAGCGUGGAAAAGCUCACGGCCUGGCUGGACGGCGGCGCGGAGCAGACGCGGAUCCGGAGGGCGGUGGUCGAAGCUAUCGAGAGCGACCCCGUAUUCAGCAGAGAAAAUCAGUAUUUCCAGAGCCAGAAUGAGAGGUACGAAGCAGCCGUCAGAAAAGCUGUUCACCUCCAGAGAAAGAUGCACGAGAUGAGAUGGACUGAGAAAGGACCUGAACUCAAGUACAUUUACAGCAGGGCACUGUCAGGAGACGUCGCGUUUCUCCUUCACCGUGUCUUCAUGAGAUGCAUUUCAGUGCUGGGCUCCGACAAACAGAUUGCCAAAUGGAUUCCUCCCGCCACCCAGUAUCGGCUCAUCGGGAGCUACGCCCAGACUGAACUGGGGCAUGGUACUUAUCUUCAGGGUUUGGAAACAACAGCAGUCUUUGAUAUCACUACACAGGAGUUUAUACUGAACACACCAAAGAUCUCUGCCAUGAAGUGGUGGCCUGGAGACAUGGGAAGGUCAGCAACCCACGCCGUGGUCUUUGCUCAGCUGUACGUCCACGGGCAGUGCUAUGGUGUGCAUCCCUUCAUCCUGCAGAUACGCAGCCUUCAGGACCAUUCCCUCUGCCCAGGCAUAACCGCAGGAGACAUCGGUCCCAAGAUGAAUUUUGAGCACACUGACAAUGGCUAUCUCAUGCUGCAGAAUGUGCGUGUCCCCAAGGAGAACAUGCUGAACAAGUUUUGUGAGGUUCAGCCGGAUGGCACCUAUAUAAAACGGGGGUCGCCGAAGAUCAAUUAUUUCACAAUGACUACAGUGCGCAUUUCCCUCAUUUCAGACGAAGCUAUACUGCCUCUAAUGAAAGCCUGCACCAUUGCCAUCCGAUACUCGGCGGUUCGCCGGCAGUCCAAGUUAAAGCCCGGGGAGCAAGAAGCAAAAAUCCUUGACUACCAGACCCAGCAAGAGAAAUUGCUGCCCCAGCUGGCAGCAGCCUACGCCUUUCAUUUCAUCAACAAGUACCUGCAGGAGCUGCUCAACAGGGGGUACAGAGAGGUCCAGAAGAAGAAUUUCGACAAUCUGCCGGAGCUCCAUGCAUUUUCUUCGGGCUUCAAAGCCCUGGCGACCCAGUACUGCACUUCUGCAGUGGAGAUUUGCCUGCGGGCGUGCGGGGGACACGGUUACUCCUUGCUGAGUGGACUCCCUUCCCUGUACACUAAAAUACUCGCCUCUUGUAUUUAUGAAGGGGAAAACACCAUUUUGCUCCUGCAAACUGCCAGGUUCUUGAUCAAAUGCUUCUCAGCAGCCAGCGCCGGGCAGCCCGUCCCGCCAUCCGUCAUCUAUCUGUCUGCUGUGAAAGCCGGGAAGUGUCCAGCCAAGAACAAGCUGGAUUUUCUCAGUCCAGAUAUUUACAGCGAGGCCUAUCAACACGCAGCAGUCAGACUCGUAAGCAGCACAGCAGCUAAACUACAGGACUUGAUCCAGUCAGGAGUCAAAAAGCACGAGGCGUGGAACCAGUGCACGGUGCAGCUGGCACAGGCUGCGAAGGCUCACUGCCACUACAUCACAGUGAAGAACUUUGCAGAAACUGUGGAAAAACUCGAGACGGAGGCUGGCAUCCAGAAGAUUAUGAAACAUCUUUGUGACCUCUUUGCAUUGCAUGGGAUCUUCUCGAACGCGGGAGUCUUCUUGCACGAUGGAUACAUAUCUGGAGCUCAAAUGGACAUGGUCACAGCAUCAUACCUGGACCUCCUGGCUGUCAUUCGGAAGGAUGCCGUUCCGCUCGUGGAUGCGUUUGACUUCACAGAUAAGAGCUUGAACUCCGCGCUGGGCAGUUACGACGGGCAGGUUUACCAGCGGCUUUACGAGUGGGCUCAGAAGUCACCGACCAACACGCAGUCGAACCCAGCCUAUGAAAGGUAUUUGAAGCCACUUCUUCACAACACGCUAUCAAAAUUAUGAAGACCACGGGAUCCAAGUGAACGCCACACGUCUCCUCCUGCUCUUUGUGCGGCAGCAACUUCAUGAAGCAUCAGUAAUGACUAAUCAGAAUUAAUAAUCAGUUGCAAGAAGUAUGGAACAAGAUUCUCAGCCAGCCGUUUGCAUCUAAUUACACAGAAGCCAAGCGAUGCUGAGUGGUAACCGCUGCUGUAAAGCAACCUGGUCAGAAAUAGCCUUGGCUUUGCUGUUUUGCAACAUAAAGUGUCCUGAUAGCAUCAAAAUGAUGCCAUUUGGCUUUCUUACUCUUUUUCUAAAUCUACUACACGAUGAUUAAGGAAAAAAACACAAACAACACAUUAUGAGCUCCUCCUCAGUGUUAUAACUGUGCAGUGCCUUCAAAGCAAACCAAACAAACACCAAAAAACCCCACUUUACUCAAAAACCCAAGCAAGGUCAAAUUAUGGUCCCUGGUUUCCUAGAACAACUUGAUCAAGAAGUAUAUGAGAAAGUACAUCUGUUUGGGCAACUAAAAUCACUCUUAACUUGCUUAGCAGUGGACUGUUCCUGGCUAAUGAAGAUUCAGACAAAGCUGAUGCCAACUCCAGGCUGCAGAAUUUACUUUCCCAUUAGUAGAGCUGCUCGUACUGUCUUUCUAUAAAUCUUGGGCUCCAAUAAAGCGCAUUAUUUGGAA